AUGCCUGAGGAGACCCCCCGACCGCCUCAAGAUGGCGGACAAGAUGGCGCGAGCUCGCCCGCUGUUUCUAAGGAGCUCUACCCCAUGAGCAACUGGAAAUAUGACACCUUCUUGUGGACCAUGUCUGUAUUGGCAGAUCUCUUCUUCCGUGAAGUCCAUCCUCGGGGCGCUUGGAGGGUCCCUCGUCACGGUCCAGUGCUCUUCGUGGCUGCACCCCAUGCGAACCAGUUCGUUGAUGCGCUCAUUUUGCAGCGAACGCUCAAAAACGAAGCGAAACGCCGAGUCUCCCUCCUGAUCGCGCAGAAGUCGGUCCACGGCUUCAUCGGAUGGGCGUCACGCCAGGUCGGUUCGGUCCCUGUCGGCCGGGCCCAGGAUUCGGCGAAGCCUGCGAAAGGUACCGUUUACCUUCCGGAUCCUAUCAACGACCCGACGCUCGUUCGCGGAAUCGGCACGAAUUUUGAGGAACAAGCCGAGGUCGGCGGCAUGAUUUUCCUCCCAUCUGCCAAGGGCCAAACUGGAGCGAGCGUCGACAUCGCUCAGAUUCUCGGACCGGAGGAACUUCGCACCAAGCGUCCCCUCAGUGGUAAGCUGGCCUUGACACAGCUCACUGGCCGGGACGACAUCGACGAUAACGGCAAGUUCUUGAACAAGGAUGUCAACGGGCCAAGGCCGGGCUAUGAGGGGACCAAGUACAAGCUUGCUCCUCACAUAGAUCAGACCCAGGUGUACCGGGCGGUGUUUGAUCGCCUCAAGUCUGGAGGAUGCGUGGGAAUUUUCCCUGAGGGAGGUAGCCACGACCGGACUGAGCUGCUUCCCCUGAAGGCGGGUGUUGCCAUCAUGGCUCUGGGGACUCUUGCCGAGGCGCCCGACUGUGGCCUCAGGAUCGUGCCGGUUGGCAUGAACUACUUUCACGCCCACAAGUUCCGUUCGCGGGCCGUCGUCGAAUUCGGGCCACCGUUCGAGGUUCCCACGAAGCUCGUCGAGUUGUACAAGAACAACCAGAGGAGAGACGCAAUUGGCCAGCUGCUGGACAUGGUACACUCUGCGUUGAGUGCUGUCACUGUCUCGGCGCCCGACUACGACACCUUGAUGGUGAUCCAGGCGGCGAGGCGACUUUACAAGCCAGUGGGCAAAAAGCUCCCUCUCCCCGUGGUUGUAGAACUCAAUCGCCGGUUAGCCAUGGGCUACGAAAAGUACAAGACAGACGAGCGCAUUGUCAAGCUGAAGCACUCGGUCAACGAGUACAACAAGCAGCUGCGUUAUUUGAACAUCCGCGAUCACCAAGUCGAGUACGCCAAAAUGUCGUGGCCGACAGUUGUUAUCACAUUUAUCUACCGGCUCGCCAAGCUUCUGGUCCUCUCCGCUGGUGUGCUUCCUGGUCUUGUUCUGUUUGCACCGGUGUUCAUCGCGACAAAAAUCAUCAGCCACCAGAAGGCGAAGACGGCACUUGCGGGCUCAUCGGUCAAGAUUCAGGGCAAGGACGUGAUGGCAACGUGGAAGUUGCUGGUCGCGAUGGCCUUCGCGCCGGUUCUCUAUAACUUCUACACAUGCAUCACAGCCUACAAGGUUUACCAGGACCGUCUGGGCGGCCGGGUGCCCGAGUGGGUGCCCAUUUGGGCGGUGUUCUUGGCCGGCUGGAUCUUCUUCCCGGCCAUCACGUUUGCGGCGCUGCGGUUCGGUGAGGUGGGUAUGGACAUCCUCAAGUCCCUCAGGCCGCUCGCUCUCUGCAUCAACCCGUCCUCGAGCUACAGCAUCGGCCAGCUCCGUGAGCGGCGCGCCGAGCUUAGUGCGCAAGUCACGGACGUCAUCAAUACCCUCGGCCCCGAGAUGUUCCCGGACUUCGAGCAAACUAGAUUGGUGCCCGAAGCCAAAGCUCGUACGGUGCCACUGGACACGGCUCAAGAAGGCACAACGCCCGUCUCGCCGACCCGGCCGUCGAUACACUACCGCAGGCCCAGUGGCGCGUCGUCGCCCGAGGCCGACGGGACCGUCAGCUCGCCAAUCCGGCGCAGCACGACGCAGUCCAGCCGGGCGAUCCCGCGCAACGAGUCCUUCAGCAACAUCGGUCAGGCGCCGCUGUUUGCUACGCGUCCUCCCAGCCGCAGCAGGAGCCGGAGCAGCAGUGCUGGGGGCGGGCUGCCGGGUCUGGCAGGUUUCCCCAUCAGUGCGUUUACUACGCUGGAUAGCAAGGAAGGGUUCGACCAUGCGAACAAGAAGAUCCGCGAGGCCAUGAGGGAGCGCGGGGAGUUGAGGCGGCGGCAGAGUGAAAAGAGACAGGUAUUCUUGGACGAAGACGGGACGAGCGACGAAGCGGAAAGUGUGAGCGUGGUGGGGAGCUCAGCCGCGGAUUAUGACGAGGCGAGGAAGGAGAUGUGA